UGCUUUAAAUUCUAGGUCUCUCGGUGUUGUUAUAACCAGCGUAGUUCCUGGAGAUUAUGAUGGUGAUUCACAAAUGGAUGUCCUCCUGACUACCCGGGCACAAAAUCAUGGCAGAGAUGAACUUUCAGUGUUUAUUUUCUGGGGGCACAACCAAACAUUAGAUCUUCACCAUAAAACUAUGUUAAAUAAGACUUUUCAGGAUGAGCCUCUAGUAAUGGACUUUAAUGGAGACUUGAUUCCUGAUGUCUUUGGUGUGAUAAGUGAUUCAAGUAAGCCACAGAUACUGAUACGCGGGAACUUAUCAUGGCAUGCUGCAUUGGAAACUCAAAAUAAAAUGUAUAUACCACACUCUCAUGCGUUUAUGGAUUUAAAUAACGACUUCACUGCUGAUUUGUUCCUUACUACAUUACCAAAUUCAGAAAACAUUCAGUUUGAGACAUGGGUAAAUAAGGAUGGGAACUUCUCUAAAGCUGAAAAAAUUCAGAAAAUGCCUAGUGGUGUGAAAGUUGUUGGACAGUCCGUGUUUGCAGAUUUUGAUGGAGACGGACAAAGUGAACAUUUAUUACCAGUCUGUGAAGAUACAACAUGUCAAAAAAGUGCCAUCUACUUAACUAAGGUAGGAAUGGAUCAGUGGAUUCCAGUCUUGCAAGACUUCAGAAAUAAAGAGACACUUUGGGGCUUCGUACCGUAUCAAAGUGACAAAUCUUCAACAGAAACUUCAUUUCCAAUUAUACUUCAUAUUGGAGAUUACAAUAUGGAUGGCUACCCAGAUGCUCUUGCUAUACUAAAGAACACAUCUGGAAGGAAUCAACAGGCUUUUUUACUAGAAAAUGUCCCAUGCAAUAACAUAAGCUGCAAGAGUGUACAUCGCAUGUUUAAAGUUUUUUGGGAGCUCUCGGAUCUAAAUCAAAUCAAGGAUGCGGUGGUAGCAACCUUCUUCGACAUAUACGAGGAUGGAAUUUUGGAUAUCAUUGUGCUAAGCAAAGGCUACUCCAACAGGGACUUUGCUAUCCACACAUUAAAAAAUAACUUUGAAGCAGAUGCCUAUUUUGUUAAAGUUAUUGUUCUCAGUGGCCUCUGUUCUAAUGACUGUCCUCGGAAAAUAACACCUUUCGGUGUUAAUCAGCCUGGUCCUUACAUUAUGUACACUACUGUAGAUGCAAAUGGAUACCUGAAAAAUGGGUCAGCUGGACAGCUUAGCCAGUCAGCACAUUAUGCUCUGCAGCUGCCAUACAACGUACUAGGCUUGGGACGUAGUACUAAUUUCCUCGACCAUUUGUAUGUUGGCAUUCCUCGUCCUUUAGGAGAAAAGUCUGCAAGAAAACAUGAAUGGACAGCUAUCAUACCAAACUCCCAGCUUGUAGUCAUUCCCUAUCUUCAUAAUGUUCCUCGAAGGUAACUUCAUCAUUUUGUUUUGCACUUCAAAAAAAUCACAUUAAUACAGAGUU